GACAAGGUUCUGGUUAGGAGGUCUGAUUAUAUCUAUAUUUAGGGAGUACAAAGGUUGUCAAACACAAUACCAAUACGAGAGGUGUGAGAUUUGGCGAGGCAAAAGGCUAUAGAGAUACAGAGUGUGGUUGCUAGGGUCUCUACGUUCGUACAAGUGUUGCUUUAAUGGAGGAGAGUAUUGAGAAAGGGGAUUCCUUGACGUCCCCUGUGGUGGAUACAGUUCCGCCUGGCUCAGAGGGGGAUUUACUUGAUCAGAUGGACAAGUUCAACAUCGAGGAUGAUGAUGAGGAACCACUGAUGGUGGAGGACUCUGACGUUGACGUUGUUAGGAUGGAAGCAUUCAGGCGGCUGGGGCUGUUUGGUAGAUUGGUCGCUGAAAAACAACCAAACAUAAAAUCACUGAAGAUUGCGUUAACAAAAGCAUGGAACACGAGGAAAAGCUUUCAAAUAACUGACCUGGGAGACAAGCUAUUUGCGUUCCAGUUCCUGGAUAUGGAUGAUAGGAACAAGGCAUGCUAUGGAGGGCCAUGGCAUUAUGAGAAUAAUAUUAUGGUUCUUGCCUCUAGCUUCUUGAUCAAGAAGCCGGUGCCUGAAGACCUGCAUAUGAUAGACCUGUGGGUUCAGAUUCAGGGUUUUCCAGCAGAGCUGAGAACUCAGAAGAUGGCAGAGAAAAUUGCAACAAGAUUCGGGACUCUAGUGUGGUUCGACAACAGUACAGGGACAAUGUGGGAUGACUAUCUCCGUAUCAGGAUUAAUCUAUCCAUUAAUAACCCUCUCAAGAAGAAACUGAAGUUAAAUAUUGGAGGAGAACUGGUGGAGUAUGUGGUCAAGUACGAAAAACUACCACUAUUCUGUCAUUCAUGUGGCAGGAUUGGGCAUGCUAAGCUCAAGUGUCCUAAACCAUCAGGGUUAGGGGGAGACCCUUUUGGGUUGGAUAUGAGAACUGGACCCCCUGGGCCUAGAAUUUGGAAGUCGACUAUGGCAAAGAAAGAAGAUGCAGAAAUUUGGGAAAUGUUGAAGAAGAAGUUUGAAAUAGAUAGUACAGGCUCUAAUUUUGACAGCGACGCACAGAGAGGAGAGCAAGCAGAGGAUAGCAAAAACAAAAAUACAUCGGGGAAGGAAGGAACAGUGAUGGAAGUGGAACAGACACCCCUCAUAACAAAAAGGGAGCCAUAUGACAAUGCAAACAAAGCGAAGGAGAAGAAGAGUGAACAAGGCACUCAAUCAAAGGAAAAGAGGCAGGAGGAAAGUAAUGUGACAAUUGGAGCUUUGAAGAAAUUUACGAUGGGAAGUGAGGUAGAGCUUACUACAAAGAGGACCACUCCAAAUGUGUGGCGUAGACAAGAACAGAAGAAAGUGAGGCUGCCUGCAGGAAUACAGAUUACUCCACAGAAGAGGAGUAAAGAUCUGCAAGAAGGAGAAAUGGAAAUGGAGGUGGAUGAAAUAGCGAACCAUAAGAAGGCCAAAAUGUUAAACUUUACAGGGGAGCUGGACGGAACACAAAAUGGGUCUCAACAAAAGGUGGAUGGCGACAAGGCGGACUCUGUCGAGGAACAGAGCCGCCGAGCCCAAUGAAUGUAUUAAGUUAUAAUUGUCGAGGGUUGGGGAAUCCCUCGGCAAUUAAGAAGGUGAAGUCUU